UAUCAUCUCAACCCUCUAAGCAAAACCAUAUAUAGUAUUCAUAUAUACAAUCCUCAACACAAAAAUCACCAUAUUUUAUACCACUUUUUUGGAAUAAAAUUCAUUAAUAUUGAAGGCAUGGUUCCUAGUGAGACGAGUAAUCUUCAUAACUUCUACCUAUCACAAGAAAACCAAGUCUUAUUUCCACCAAACUUUACCUUAUUACAAAAUGAUAUCUCAAACAUUAACCUAAACUCCCUCUUAACCCAAUUUCCAAGUUACUACCUACAACAUUCAUUAGGGUAUAAUAGUAAUAAUAGUGAACUUCUUGUUCCUCCUUCAUACCUUAGUAGUAAUUCAACAACUUCGGAUGAAGCUGAAGAGAAUCAACUCAACAUCAUUGAUGAGAGGAGGCAGAGGAGGAUGAUAUCAAACCGCGAAUCAGCACGAAGAUCGAGGAUGAGAAAGCAAAAGCACUUGGAUGAAUUAUGGUCGCAGGUUGUGAGACUCAGAAACGAGAAUCACAACCUUAUUGACCAACUCAAUCGUGUCUCCGAAUCUUAUGAAAAGUUGCUACAAGAGAAUGCGUGUCUUAAAGAAGAAGUUUCCGAUCUUCGUCGAAUGUUUACGAAACUCCAAAUUGCAACCACCACCACCAUUUUUUCCGGUGGUAGAGAUGAAUUCUCAAACAAUAACUCAAUUAACUCUAGGGAAUUGUUAUGAAAAUGAGGCUAUUUUGAACAUUAUAAAGAUAUAUACUAUAUACUAUUCUCUACUAGAUAUAUAUCUACUUGUGUGAUGAGUUCCUUCUUUGUUUUAUAU